GCGUCUCUAACUGCUCUCUGGCGGCAGCUUCAGCUCAGUUAGCAGCCCGAGCUAAUCCGGCUAUCAGCUAACGGCUAACGGCUAGCUAGUGGCGCUAUGAUGGCGGAGCUGGUGCAGGGACAGGCCUCGAUGAACCAGCCGGGGCUGAAGUCAGACGGCCUAGCCGAUGUUUUACAGAGGGCCCGGCAGAUGGUGGGAAAGAUGGGCGGAGAAGCCAUGUCCCACCUCAACAGCUCCUCAGGAAGUGUCGAGCCCUCGCUGUACUAUCCCGGCCAGAAACGACCAGGAGAGGACGGAGUAGGUAACCAGCUAGCAGCCAUGGGGCAUCAAAGCAGGGUAAUCACAGAGGAUUACAAGGUCCCCGACAGGAUGGUUGGCUUCAUUAUUGGUAGAGGAGGUGAACAGAUCACCAGGAUCCAGUUGGAGUCCGGCUGCAAGAUCCAGAUUGCUUCUGACAGCGGAGGCCUGAUGGAGCGGCCAUGUUCCCUGACUGGAACUCCAGAGAGCAUUGAGCAGGCGAAGCGGCUGCUGAUCCAGAUUGUGGAUCGCUGUAGAAACGGUCCGGGUUUCCACGGUGACGGGGAGGGCGGUGCCUCGGUGCAGGAGAUGCUGAUCCCGGCUAGCAAGGUGGGGCUGGUGAUUGGCCGAGGAGGAGACACCAUCAAACAGCUGCAGGAGCGAGCAGGGGUGAAAAUGAUGAUGAUCCAGGACGGUCCGAUGCCGACAGGAGCCGACAAACCUCUCCGCAUAUCUGGAGACCCGUACAAAGUGCAGGCAGCGAGGGAGUUGGUGUUGGAGGUGAUCAGGGAGAAGGACGGAGGAGACUUCAGGUCAGGACGCAAUGACUUCAGCGCCCGUCUGGGAGGAACCAACCUGGAUUCUGUCCCUCUGCAGGUUCCAGUUCCCAGGUUUGCUGUUGGCAUUGUGAUUGGCAGGAACGGAGAAAUGAUCAAGAAGAUCCAGAACGAUGCAGGGGUUCGCAUCCAGUUUAAAGCAGAUGAUGGCAUCAGUCCGGAGCGUGUUGCCAUGGUGAUGGGUCAGCCAGACCGCUGUCAGCAUGCUGUCCACCUCAUCAAUGAGCUCAUCCAGACUGCACAGGUAACACACACACAGGAGCGUGAUGGUUUCGGCUCCGCCCUGCGGGGUGGGAGGGUCAGAGGUCGUGGCGAUUGGACUAUGGGCUCUCCUGGUCCGCUACAGGAAGUGACCUACACCAUCCCUGCUGACAAGUGUGGCCUGGUCAUCGGCAAAGGUGGAGAAACCAUUAAGAGUAUUAACCAGCAGUCUGGAGCCCAUGUGGAGCUGCAGAGGAACCCGCCCCCCUCCACCGACCCCAACACCCGGGUCUUCACCAUCAGAGGCACCGCCCAGCAGAUGGACCUGGCCCGCCAGCUCAUAGACGACAAGAUCGGGGGUUCAGGUAUUAUGAGUAAUGGAGGUUUUGGCUUCAGUCCCUUCACCCAGGGCCCUGCUACACACCAGAACUGUGGCAGUGGUCAGACCUUCCUGACUGGCGUUUGGGGAAACACCUACCAGACCAGCUGGCAGAACCCUGGACAACAAGACCCUGGUCACAGUAUGGCUCAGACAGGACAGAUGGACUACUCUAAAGCAUGGGAGCAGUACUAUAAGAAGCUAGGUCAGCAGAACCAGCCUCAGAGCUUGAUGACAGACUACAGUAAGGCCUGGGAGGACUACUACAAGAAACAAAGUCAGUCGUCUCAGCAGAGUUCAGUGCCAGACUACACUGCAGCGUUAGCAGAAUACUACAGACAGCAGCCCUACAUGUGGAACCCCGCCCAGAUACAGGAUCACUAGAGGAUCCUCCCUCACCGGUGAAGGCCUCGGAUGGUCGUCGACGGCAACCGAAUCGGGGUUUCCUAGCAACGCUCUGCCGCUUCCUCCUUCCUUUUGUAGAGAAAAACUAAGGAUUAACUGAAAAAUCACGAACUCUUUUCUUUCUGUUUUUUAACCUUACAAAGUUGAUAUUUUGUCGGGCAGAUUUUUUCGGACUAGCCUCUGGUCUCUCCACCGUGUAGACCUGGUUUUUCUUUUUGUUUUGUUUUUUAUCAAACUUGAACUUAAAGAUGUAUCAGUGUGGCUUUGAACAAAUCCAGUAUAAUCUAUAUUUUGUCUAGUUUUAUUUUCCAAUAAGAAAACGGUAUAAGGCUUAGCAGUCUUGAGUAAGAAAAUCAGAUAUUAUUAUUAUUAUUAUUAUUAUUAUUUUGUUUAUGAUAAUGUUUUAAAGCAUGCGACAGAUUGUGUGUGUUGACUCUCAGUUAUUUUUUUUUAUUUUGGCAUAGAAAUAUUUUAAUAGCGUCAGAUGGAAAUUUAAUGUUUUACCGUCAGAGACAAAACUGUUUUUUGUACUAAAUUUGUGCUCGCUGGGUCUGUUUGUUCUCGAUCUAAUUUUACCUGUUUAGUCGCCAUCUUGGAGGUGCAAUGACGCGUUUAUUGUUUUCUUUUGGUUUGAUGAUAGUUCUUAUUCCUGUAUCUCUAUAGUGAUUCUUUAGUUUUUAUGAUGUAAUGAUGAAUAAAUGACAAAUUAUAUUGCGUUGUCUAAAGCCAGAUCUCUCUGUGGUCAAACACUUUGUGUCCUCCACAGGAUUUAACCAACAGCCGACACCAUGUUUCUCCGCCUCAACUUUCAUUACAAAAUGAGGGACAAUAUACUAUUUUCUUACAGUGAAACUUUGUUAUUGUUGUUGUAACUUAGUACUGCGUUUCUACUUUGCUGAUUUGUUUGUAGAAGAAGUUUCAGGAGCUGAACAAUGAAGUUAUCGAUUCUAUUAGCCGUGUAUUAGGUAUACAAGCGUGUUAGCUAAAUGCACAAGUUAGCUAAACGUGUGUUAGCUGAACGAUGUUAGCAAAAAGAUGUGUGUUACCUCAACUGUGUGUUAGCUGAAUGAAUGUGGUGGUUGAACUGUUUCUGUUAGCUGUGUUUUAUUAGCUAAAUGGUGCGCGUUAGCUGAAUGUACAACUUAACUGAAAGAUGUCUCUUAGUGAAAAGAUCUGGUGCCUGAACAAUAUGUAUUUGUGUUAGCUGUAUGUGUUAGCUAAGUGGUGUUAGCAUUGAAAGUUAGCUUAACAGUGGGUACUUUUUUAAUGAACAUGCGCGUUACUAAUUUUUGUAAGUUGAAUCAAUGUGGUGGCUGAACUGUUUCUGUUUGGUGUGUGUGUUAGCAGAAUGCGUGAGUCUGCUGGAUGUGUAGCUAUUAGCUAAACAUGUGCGCUAACUUAACUUAUAUUAUGCUGCACUCACGACAUAUCGCAUAGACAUUAAAUAGCCAGAUGAGAAAAAACGUCCAUGUCAGCCUCGUCAUAAUUGCAAGUUGGAGAUAUUGGGAAUUUCUCGCAGCUAAGAUAUUUUGAAGAAAAAUGAACAGAACUGUCAGCAAACCAGUGAAAAAUGGCUCCAAAGAACCUCCAAUGACAUCGGAAUAAACCAAAUAUAAACACUAAUAUAAUCCAUUUAGCUAAUUUAAAAAGCUAUGCGCUGUUUGCAUCUAAUUUUACUUGCUAACGAACUGCCAUAAUGUAAAAUGAUUUAAAAAUAGCUAAUUUAGGCUCAAUAUCCAUUUAUGUUAUAACUACAUGGCUAGCACAACGGGGUAACAUCUUUGAAUAAUGUGUCAGCAUUCCCAAAUUCUCCCUGAUUCUCCCGACAUGGCGUUAAUGUAGCAUUAGCUGAAUGUUCGUUAGCUGAACCGUGUGAACAUGUGUAUAUUAGCUAAUCUUGUGAGUUAGCUGGCUGGUGCGUGUUAGCUGUGUGUGUAUGUUAAAGCUGGAUUAGGCUUCUCGAACAUGCACGGCUGUCGUUUCAGAGAAGUUUGGCUAUUUAAUAAAUCUACGAACGUGAAAGUACUUUUUGCUUUUCCUUUUUCGAACCCACGUCCCAGCAGGAUUUUAGAUCUACCAGUUAGCUUGUUUAACGCACGUUUUUAGAUUUGGAAGACGCGCGAGUCAGCCUACAGUUACCCGUAACACCCUCUUUUGCAUAAAUUCACGGAGACAUUUGUGUAUCUUCGUAGAGGUGUAAUUCCAGCCUUAGCUGUACGUUUGUUAGCAUUGUAUAUUUCUGUGCGUUUGUUAGCUGAGCGUCGUGCGUUUGUUAGCUGAGCGUCGUGUGUGUCGGACCACAGAGAGGUUUGUCUUGCGUUGAGGGAGAUCUGGCUGUUGUUGAGUUGAAUAUUGAAUCAGUGGUUCUGCUUCUUGUAUGUGUGACGAUGAUAAUAAUAAUAAUGACGACGAUAAUAAUGAGUUCUCCUGAACGGGAGUCUAUUUAAAUCUGUUCAUCCACUUAUGAAUAUUCAGUUUGUUGAUAAGAUAAUAUGGUUUGUGUAAAUUUCCACUCUCUGGCGGGUGCUCUCCAGUUAAAAAUGUACUUUGUUAUCCUGUUAAAAAUGAGAUUGUUUAAUUCAUGUUGUCUAACCGAUUUGCAAAGAGAAGCUGAGUAUGUGUUAUAUUCUCAAGACUGCUAGGCUAACUGUCUCUCUCUUCUCCUUGUCUUUCUGUCUGUCUAUGUCUGGACGCCGCUACGAUAACAAGUUGGUGGGAUUUGUCGUUUUUCAGCACGUCUGUAAUCGGACCAUGUGAUUACAGCUGAGCGUUAUCGUCACAGGCGUGUUGAACGGUCUGCAGCUUGUUAGCGUGGCGGCUCCGAGGCGAGGAGAGCUGUAGUGAGGGGGGUGUACUCCCCGAAAAAUUAUUAAAAAAACACUGGAGUGGACAGUGGCCUGGUGUCCAGUUCCAGGCACGGUGUGGACCGUUAGGUCCUGCACUGGGUCUAAACCAGUAACCAGCUGGUCAGCAAGGUCACACCAAGCCUCCCAACGGCCCAGAACCAGGACUGGACACGACAUCACCCGUCCACUCCGGUUUAGAUCUUCCUAGUCCUGACCCCUCGUCCUGAAGGGGUGACGGGGAGCUUUUUGGUUUCAUGGUUUCUGUUGUUUUUCUAAUGGACAGACGUCCUAACUGUAACCUGCAGAUUUUUCUAUUAGAUUCUAUUGACAGAUAGAGUUGUGUAUGAACCCGAGCCACGAGACUGUCGGUGGCCGAGGAAGAGGAAGAUGGAUGAUGAUGAUGAUUAACAUGAGGGCUAAUAAAAAAGCUCAUUCUUUCUGA